AUGUCCGCCCGAUCAUUAUGGCGAAGCCUGCACUACAGUGCGAAGCGGAGGGUGAUGGUUCCCCGGACCCAAUACCGGUGCUUUUCGUGCUCGCUGCGCGCCCAAGAUAGCAGCAAGUCGAGCCACGACGAGCAGAUGACCCAUUUCGGGUUCAAGAAUGUCCGCGAAUCUGAAAAGGAGAACCUGGUUGGCGCGGUGUUUAGCUCCGUCGCAUCCUCCUACGAUACCAUGAACGACUUCAUGUCGCUCGGCAUCCACCGUCUCUGGAAAGACCACUUUGUCCGCUCGUUGAACCCCGGGUCGGCGCUCCCCUCUCGCGACGGCGACAGCACGGGCAAGGGCUGGAACAUCCUGGAUAUCGCCGGCGGGACCGGCGAUAUCGCCUUCCGCAUGCUCGACCACGCCACCAACAUCAAUCACGACUACGAGACGCGGGUGACGAUCAGCGACAUCAACCCGGACAUGCUGGCGGAGGGCAAGAAGCGCAGCAUCGACACGCCCUACUACAACACCUCGCGGCUGUCGUUCCUGGAGGCCAACGCGCAACAGCUGUCCAGCAUCCCGGACAACUCGGUGGACCUGUACACGGUGGUGUUUGGGAUCCGCAACUUCACGGACAAGCAGGCGGCGCUGGGGGAGGCGUUCCGCGUGCUGAAGCCCGGCGGGGUCUUUGCGUGCAUGGAGUUCAGCAAGGUGGAGAGUAGCCUCUUCAAUGCGGUCUACAAGCAGUGGAGUUUCAGCGCCAUCCCGCUCAUCGGGCAGGUCGUGGCCGGCGACCGCGACAGCUACCAGUAUCUGGUGGAGAGUAUCGAGAAGUUCCCGAGCCAGGAGGAGUUCCGCGGGAUGAUCCAGAAGGCCGGGUUUAUGAUUCCUGGACGGGGAUAUGAGAAUCUCACGGGCGGUAUUGCUGCGAUUCACAAGGGUAUCAAGCCGUUGGCCCGGUGA